AUGUCAGAACAACCCCGGAGAUCGGUUUCACCCCAGACUCCUAUCGAGAGCGCCAGACCCCACAUCCAUACAAUCGGAUCCCUGAACCUCCGCCAUCGAGGCCCGACCCGAGCUGCUACUUUUGCAGAGGGCUCAUCCAGCACUCAAACUCAACGCCGCAACUCAAGCUUCUCGGAUUCAGUAUCUGAAGCACGAAAUUCGAUUCGCUCCUCAACUGAUGAGUUAUUUUUCCCACGCGUAGUUCAGAAGGGGAACAUCGGUUUGCCGAAUGAGGAAUCGAAUUGGCAAUCGGCGCCUCUUGGUCUGGCACUGUUGCCUGCUAUUGCCGGUAUCUUUUCUAAAAAUGGGAGUGCAGUCGUAACGGAUAUUACUCUGCUGAUUCUGGCAGCUAUCUUCCUCAACUGGUCGGUGAGACUACCAUGGGAAUGGUAUCGCUCUGCUCAGGCCAUGAAACAAGAAGAAAUAUAUUACGAUCCCGUCGCUUCAAAACCAGAACACGAAACGGAUGAUACUGAGGAACCCUAUGAAGGCCAAAAGAAAGCCACAGAUCGAGAGCGUCGAAGGGAGCAGCAAGUCCCCAGUGCUGCCAAUCAGGCCAGUAGGGAGCUUCAAGUUCAUGAACUUGUUGCUCUUGCGUCAUGCUUCAUCUUCCCCAUGAUCGGGACGUGGCUCCUCCAUGCCAUCAGAUCCAAAUUGUCGCGGCCAUCCGAAGGAUUGGUAUCCAAUUACAACCUAACCAUUUUCCUACUGGCGUCAGAGAUUCGGCCAUUCGCUCACCUGCUGAAGAUGGUGCAGGCGCGCACACUCCAUCUUCAGCGCGUUGUCGCUGCAGCUGCCGACGAGGAGGAGAAACUGGACCCGCAAAAGAUCAAGGACCUUGCCAGGCGACUUGAGGAUCUAGAAGCACACGUCGCUGAAACAACCGCGGCUCAAAUGCCGCCCGGAUCGUCAAACCACUCACAAGACCAGGAACAACUCCAAAACCUCAUCUCGCAGGCAACCGCAGAAAUCCGCAAGGGAUUCCAGCCGGAGAUUGAUGCCUUGAAUCGCGCGGUUCGGCGCUACGAGAAACGCACGGCCCUCACUUCAUUCCAAUCUGAGGCAAAAUUCCAAGCGCUCGAAACUCAAGUGCACGAUGCUAUUGCUUUGGCAGCAGCAGCACAACGCUCACGUCGGCCGUUGGGUGCUCUAUCGGGAUUGUUCAACAGCAUUCAUGCAAUUAUCCUACUCCCCAUGCAGAUCUUCAUAUCCCUAGCAAGCCUCCCGUUUCAGCUAUCAAUGCGAUGUCUACAUUACUGCAAAGAUAUGCUGCUCUCGAAACCACCACGAAAAUUGAGCAAGAGUAAGGUGCCGCGCGAUCUCAGAACUUCAUCUUCAAAGCAAUUCAGAAGGAUUCCCCAACAGGACUUGGGCGGUGGUCCAGCACUCAAACCAAUUCGGGAGUAUCAAUAG